ACUUGACGGUGGUGCGCAUCUCACCGACCGGGAAUACCGAUUUCUGGACAUUUCGGCCUUUUCCCCCCGCUGCACCGUAUAAGCUGUGUUUUCCUGCGAGCUGCUGCAAAGGGGAGCGGGUUGCAUUGGCGUCGCGGGGUUAAAGUGAACGCUUAUAGCGGGCAGUAUUAGGACAAACGGAGAUGACAGCCACCCAGAGGGAGCCGUGUUUGUUUUGUAUGGCGAAAUGAGGCAGGGGGUGGAGAGUCGCCACAGAGACGCUGGGCUCCGGCCAAACAUCACCGCAUAUUAGCGCUCAUUCCAGGCUCGGGAUUUGCAUUGCAUUGCAUUUGCUGCAUCGUUGAUCGGCCCUUUUUUUUUUUGCAAAGUGCAUGGUGGAAAAUGCAGCUUGUUUGAGGACAACCCCCCCCCCCCUCCUGAUAUCCAUUGCUGCCAUGACAGGCAGAGGUCUCCUCUCGACCGCGGCUCGGCCGGCUGGAGAAGAGGCAGAUUGAUUUGGGACGGUGGGUCUCAUCUGCGGAUGUGGUUCGGUCUGUGGAGCCUGUAAAUACCAUCGGCGCCGACACACCGUGAUUCUUACUCAGGGAAAGAGGAGAGAGAGAGAGAGAACAACAUGUCUUCUCGGUCUGCAUUACCGUCUGGAAACGACAGGAGUACUGGAGACCAUCAUGCGUCGCUGGGGGCCAGCCGCUCAGACAAGGCCACCAGCCAGUCCAGCCGCUCGCUGGGCGCCCGCUGCAGGAACUCCAUCGCGUCCUGCUCCGACGAGCAGCCCCACAUUGGCAACUACCGGCUGCUCAAGACCAUCGGCAAGGGAAACUUUGCCAAGGUCAAGCUGGCCCGCCACAUCCUGACGGGCAAGGAGGUGGCAAUAAAAAUCAUUGACAAAACUCAGUUGAACCCAACCAGCCUACAAAAGCUCUUUCGGGAGGUACGAAUAAUGAAAGGCUUAAAUCACCCUAACAUAGUGCAGCUGUUCGAGGUGAUUGAGACUGAUAAGACCCUUUACCUAAUCAUGGAGUACGCCAGUGGAGGUGAAGUGUUCGACUACCUCGUGUCUCAUGGGAGAAUGAAGGAGGUGGAAGCCAGAGCCAAAUUCCGACAGAUUGUUUCUGCUGUCCACUACUGCCACACAAAGAACAUUGUCCACCGAGAUUUGAAGGCGGAGAACCUUCUGCUGGAUGCCGACGCCAACAUCAAGAUCGCCGACUUUGGCUUCAGCAAUGAGUUCACGCUGGGCAACAAGCUGGACACGUUCUGUGGCUCGCCGCCCUACGCCGCCCCUGAGCUUUUCCAGGGGAAGAAGUAUGACGGGCCCGAGGUGGACGUCUGGAGCCUCGGAGUCAUCCUCUACACGCUGGUCAGCGGCUCGCUGCCCUUUGAUGGGCAGAACCUGAAGGAGCUGAGGGAGCGAGUGCUGAGGGGAAAGUACCGCGUGCCCUUCUAUAUGUCCACAGACUGUGAGGGGAUCCUCCGCCGCUUCCUGGUGCUCAACCCCACCAAACGCUGCACCCUCGACCAAGUCAUGAAGGACAAGUGGAUAAAUUCAGGGUAUGAGGGCGAUGACCUGAAGCCCCACAUAGAACCUGUUGAAGACUUCAGCGAUCCAGCUCGCAUAGAGGUGAUGGUGGGGAUGGGCUUCACCUCAGAGGAAAUCAAGGACUCUCUGCUCAAUCAGAAAUACAACGAAGUCACCGCCACCUACCUACUACUGGGCCGCAAAGGCGAUGAGGCUAGUGAGGCUCGCACAGCCAGUAGCCUGUCCCUGGCGAGGGUACGACCCAGCCCCAUCACCAACGGCACCAACAAGCACUCCUCAGCCACGGGAUCCUCUUCCUCCUCCACCUCCUCCUCACAUAACAAGAGCCAGCGCAGUGCCUCCACCUACCACAGGCAGCGGCGACACAGCGACUUCUUCCUCCACAACAAAGGCGGGCCCUCCAUGCCCGUCAUGCACCCCAAGCGGAGCCCCACAAGCACGGGCGACCGUGAGCUGCGGGAGGGACGGAUGCCUUCACGUAAGGCCAGCUGCAGCGUGAUGGGGAGCCACAGCCUCCCUCCCUCCAGCCCAAUGGUCAGCAGUGCCAACAACCCCAAUAAGUCUGAGAUCCCAGACCGCCGCAAAGACAUGAUCGCAACCACAAACAACAUCCCUGGAAGUGCCAUGACACGCAGGAAUACAUAUGUGUGCACUGACCGCACAGGCGCUGACAGACACUCCCUCCUGCAGAACGGCAAAGACAACAGCUCCCUGGGCCACCGCUUGCCUGCAGCGUCUCCCUCCACGCUCAGCAUUUCUGGCGCCGGAGCUGCCUCCUCCUCUUCCUCUUCCGACCGAUGCCGCCUGACCCGAGGCUCCACCAUCCGCAGCACCUUUCACGGGGGACAGCUGAGGGACCGUGGGCCCCCGGUCUACUCAGCCCCCCCCACUUCGCCCACCUUGUCCCACCAUGACACCAGCCCUCUGCCGCACGCACGCACCAGGGCAACCUCCAACCUCUUCACCAAGCUGACCUCCAAACUCACUCGCAGGGUCACAAAUGAAUCUGAGGGAAUCAGGAGAUUUGCGGUCACAAGUUGCCAUCUACCUGGGUAUCAAAAAGCGUCCGAGCCCCGGGCCGUCGGACGUGGCUGGGAUCUGAGAGGCGGUGUGCGGCGUGACCCUGCGGAGGUGGUUCUGGCUCUGCGGGAGGCGGCGCUGGGAUGUGGCUGCCAGGUCCACCAUGCCGGCCCCUUUCUGCUCUCCUGCACCCAUGGCGUGGCAGGGGGCCGCGUGGCUUUCGAGGCCGAGGUGUGCCAGCUUUCCACGGGCACCUCCGAGACUUCUAACGGGGUGCGCUACACGCGACUCUGGGGGACGCCGCUAGCUUUUCGGGACAUUGCCACCCAAAUCUCAAAGGACCUUGAACUUUGAACGGAGGGUGUGUUUGUGUGCGUGCGUGCGUGUGUGUGAGUGAGCAUUGAUGUGUGCGUGCGCAAAGGGAGAGUGGGGUGGACAUAAUUGAAGAAAAAAAUAGCAGAGAAGGGGCGAGGGGCUGGACCCGAGAGAAUAGACUUCUCCUUCUCUUCCAUGACUACCCCCACUCCCACCCCCCCCCACCCCUGCACACACACACACACACACACACACAGAUACACACACACCUGACCCGUAAAGUCACACAGACUGAGGCACCCCACCCAUUCACCCCACCCAGCUCAGCCAACUUCUUCACUGAGCGACUGCACCCACUGGACCUGGAUCAGAAGGAAUCUAGUUCAAUAUUUUUUAUUGCUACUCUAGCCAUAAUGACUCUUUAUUUUGUUAUGUAUUGCUCUGAUCAUUGUUUUUACCCACUGUCACUUUCACCACUACAGAAAAGAAAUCCUCAUCUCCUGUGUACUGGUCGUAAUUGACCAGCCAGUCUUUUUUUUUUAUUCUUUUUUUAUAUCGCACCUUUAACGCCAUGC